UGUAAAAUUCUUUGUUUUAAUAGGUGAAGCCUCUCGUUUUUGUAGUAUUCUUUUGCUAAGCGAGUGUCUCUAUCGAUACAUCUUAACCUAGACAACUUGAUAUUUUUGCUGGUCUCUUAGAGUUUGGACAUGUUGGGGUUUGAGUUCAAUGUUGUAUUAACCCUCGGGUUAUUCAUGUCCUAAUCUUAGAAACAUUCUCAGGUUUGAGUUUAAUUCGGAGCUCGAUAUUUAGAUUUAAAUAUUUAUAUCAUUUUCAGACAUUCUCGAGUUUUAGUUUGACUUAGAAGUCAAUAUUUAGAUUUAGGUUAACCCUAUGUCUAGAAAGAUGACGUUCUUUGAUUCGAUGGUAGCCUACAUUGCUAAAUCACAUCCGAAGCAUUCUGCUACCUACUUAAAAUCCAACUAACCAUUUCAUCAGUCUUUCAAGUUUCAACACAAGGACGUGGACGGCGAUGGACACAGUUUGGGAAAAGGAGCCCGAGAAAAUUACAGCCUGCUGACAAAAACUAACCGAAAUUGAACUCUCCAAAUCCACUGGUUUCUGUGGUUCAUCCACAAUUCUAUCUUGAAAACAUCACCAUUUGUCCAUUUCCAUCUCUUAUAAAAUCUACCUUAGCGGGAAGCAAUCCAAAUGCCAACCACCCCUUUUCACUCCUCCUACCAACCACAAUCUUUCCCUCAUCGUCUCCCCUGUUUCUCCUCCGCAUUUUCUCCGACCACGUCGACGCCGGCGAUAAAGAGAAACGCUCUGUUAAAAGGGUUUUUUUUUAAUGUUCUCGUGGUCGUCGCCUGGUCAAAGAUUGGUUCCGAUCGCCUGCUGUUGACCGGUACAGGUCGUGCUAUUUGGUGGGAGCUCAGGUAAGGAGAAAAGCUUACCCACCCCUCUGUUCUUUUACUUUAUAUUCUUUCCGGCGAUUGCCAACUUGCAUGCGACCGAAAUUUGAAACUGGGUUUUCUAGAAUUAGGCUGUUUGGAGGUUUCUAUGUAGAGAGGCAACAUAGAUUUUCUUUUUUGUAUCCUCGAAAGUUGAUUUGAUUUUUUGUAUUGGGAUAAAAUGAUGGAGAAAUCGAUUCUGUGGCGGAUUCAACGAUGCUCCUAAUAUGUAUGAUUGAAGAGUCUGGUUCUGAGUUUGUGAAGAAAGGAAACUAGUAAUGCAAAAGAAAAAUGGGGGACUUGGUAGGUUGUAACAAGAAGCGCCUUUCGGGACAAAGAUCAAAUCUUUACCUGGUAAGGCAUUUCACACGUAUGAAAUUUGGGGAUUCUGUUCUUAUUCAAUGCUUAUCUGUUGAUUUUGUGAUUGCGCUGUAGUGGGAACAUUGGAGAUUCAGGCUGCAUUAUUCACAUUAUAGGUUGCUUUGAAACUUUUGAUUCAUUCUGUUACUCAUUGUUAUGAGCAGGCCUUCCAGCAAUCAGUCAGGGAUAUGAGGAAGAGAUAUUGAUCUGCGGUUCUGGAAUCAAUUCUGCUCCUUGUACAGAUAAAAGUAUUGCUGAUACUGUAUUUUAAGUAUAACUGCAUUGUUGAAGAUAAGAUUUCACAAAUCACAAUGGAGCAUCGAUCGGCAUCGCCAAAAAUAGAGAACCUAGAUGCUCCUCUCCACUUGUUAGGGUUUGAGAUCGAGGAAUUGUCACCAAGCAAAGUCGCGGGUCGCCUUCUGAUAACGGAAAAAUGUGUGCAGCCUUUCAAGGUGCUGCACGGUGGAGUAUCCGCGUUGAUUGCAGAGUCUUUAGCUAGCAUGGGGGCGCAUAUGGCAUCAGGUUAUAAGAGGGUUGCUGGCAUUCACCUCAGCAUUAGUCAUUUGAAGCAUGCUGAUCUCGGGGAUCUUGUUGUCGCUGAAGCCGCUCCUGUCCAUGUUGGCAAAACCAUUCAGGUUUGGGAGGUGCAAAUUUGGAAAGUUGAUCCUUCGAAUUCGGACAAGAAGUCUUUGGUUUCAUCAUCCAGAGUCACUCUCUUAAGCAACAUGCCGGUGCCCGAACAUGCUAAAGGAGCUGCUGAAAAUCUCAAGAGAUAUGCUAAACUGUGAAAAAAACAUGUGUACUGUAUGGUCAAGGCCUUAUUCCAUGUCAAUAAUCAAUCUUACUACAUUUU